AUUGCAGCGUGUUUGGUGGCGGACGGAAGUAGCUGACCCGAGCUGAACCCGUGCGGUGGCGGUUCUAGGUGACUGUCGGUGAUUGAACGGACAGAUGUUACGGUCUUAGUGGGUUUGUUCCGGACCGAUCCGUGUCCCGGAGUGACCCCACCUCCCCACGCACACAGCGGGCCUGUUAGUGAUAAGAUGUCGGGGGGACACCUGAAGGGACAGUUUAUCUAUGAACUACCACCCAAAGUCUACUGGGACUUCUGCCGGGUCAUGGACGCACUGUCAGACCUGGACUGGACCCGCUUCGCCUCGGAGGUCCUGUGCGAUCAGACUGAUGUGCGAUUGGCUGAGAGGAGUGACAGGAGGACCGACUGGGUGAUGAACCAAUGGGGCGACAGGAAAGGUCGAGUCGACGAGCUGAUUGACCUAUUAGAGCGUCUACAGCUGUUCCGACCCAAAGAUGUCAUCCUGAGAUGGACAUCCACUUUGAAGCCUCUCUCCUCCAUCCCACCCACUCCUCCCCCUCCUCAAGUCUAUGCCUCUCAGUUCGACCCCCCUCCAAAACCAUAUGAGGCCCCACCCCCUCUCAGCACCCUCAGACUGACAGAAGUUAAAGGAGGAGGAAGACCACUGCCACGACCGGCCCCGCCCCCCUUCGAUCUGGAUUCUGACAGCCGCUUAUCACGCCAAGAGGCUCCCCCGGUGGUACCGUGGGGAGGUGGAAGCGGGGUGAUGUGCUGGUCGUAUGAAGAGGUUUAUGAUGGGACAAAGGGGUUCUCUCCGUCCCUACAGGUUGGGGAGGGGGGGUUUGGAGUUGUUUACAGAGCGACCCUGGGAAACACAAAGUGCGCCAUCAAGAAACUCAAACAGGACUGUGUGUUGGACUUGACUUUCCUGAAACAAACAUUCCAGACUGAAGUGGAGAAACUUUCAAAGUUCAGACAUCCGAACAUCGUGGAUCUGCUCGGUGUCUGUGAUGGAGGAGGAUCAUUGUGUCUCAUCUACAGCUACAUGGACAACAGAUCACUGGAGGAGCAGCUACACAACCAGUGUGUUGUCCUGACCUGGUGUCAGAGACUCAGUAUUGUUGAAGACGUGUCGUCAGCGUUGGCGUUUCUCCACUCCCCCCCCGACAAACACGCACCGCUCAUCCACGGAGACGUCAAGAGCUCGAACAUCCUGUUAGACCGCCACCUUGUGGCGAAGCUGGCUGACUUCGGUCUGGCUCGGUUUGGGUCUCGCAGGUCAACAGGACCCUCUCCCACUCGGACGGUGACAGUGGGUAAAACGGAGACGGUCAGAGGAACUCUGGCAUAUCUGCCUGACGAGUAUGUGAGGAAUGGAGAGCUGGGGACCGCUGUGGAUGUCUACAGCUUUGGAGUGGUGUUGUUGGAGGUGUUGACUGGACGUCGUGCUCUGGAGAGAGACGGGAAGUCAGGAGAGAGAUAUCUGAAAGACCUGGUGGAGGAGAUUGAGGACAGUCCGACUGGCUCGUGUGCAGCACUGUGGAAGAAUCAGCUAGACCAGCGGCUCAUUACAGGGGGCACUGCAGAGCCUGCAGAGUGGAUGACUGUGUUGGCUCUUGCCUGUACCUGUUUGGACAAGAAGAGGAAGAAGAGGCCGGGAAUGAGCGAGGUCUUUCAAAAACUCAAGGAUGUCCACAACCUGGUGACGGGGACCAGCUCUUCCUCCUCUUCCCUGCAUCACCCUCUUCCCCCUCACGUCCAUAACUUCUCCCAGUCCCUCCCCUGUCCCCCCUUAUCCAUUGACUCUAGAGUAGGAGCUCUGACCAACCAAAUCGCCAAACUGGGACCACUGAAAGACACUUCCCGGACACCUCAGUCCUCUUCCUCCUCCUCGGGCGUAGGCCCCUGUGAGACUGACGAGAGUCAAGGUUUCUCUCAGUUCAGAUCAGACGGGACCAGCUCCACCUCUCUGUCCACCAGAGACCAGCGUCUCUGUGGUCCCUCAGUGUUCACGUCUGUCCCCAUUGAGGACCAGUACAACUUCCCUCCUCAUCCGAACUGCUCCAUUGACAAACCAGUGGACACUAGAGGGCAGAAAUUAUCGACACUUUACGGGGUCCCAGAAUGCUUCUCUCCUGCAGGGUCGCUGCAGUCACAGUUGUCUUCCCUAGGACCCUCAGGUACAUUUAAAUGUCAGAAGAAGCAGAGGACUCAGGGGUCGGAGCUUCUGUUGUCUGAUGACCUCUAUGGAGAGGGCGGGGCUGCCGGCUCCAGGGAUCCUGAGGAGAGCGAUGAGCUUGAUUACCUUCCUGCCAAACAAGACUGAUGGAUGACAGCGUCUCUUUCCUUAGGACCGAAGAGUCUGUGAACUCAGAUGAGGACCUGCAGGGUCACAGAUUUCCAUUAACUGUUGAUGUUCCACAUGUGCCUCUCAGCACAGUGGUGUGUCCACACAUCUUCAAAUUGUUGGAUGGAUCCGUGGGGGGGUUCCUGAGGGGCCCCGGGGGCCAGAACCUCAGUUUGAAGUGAGUGUCAUUAAAGUUAAUUCAACCACAACAAAGACACAAAGAAGCUGCAGUUACACAGAAGUACACAGCAGGGGGGGGGAUGGGCCCCAGGACGGUCUACGCUGAUCAGACCUGAUGAUGUUAAUCAAUCACAUCUAUUUAUUCCACUCAUACAAAUUUAAUUAUGUAUGAAAAUGAUCAAAUGACAGAUUAUGAUAUUUUUAUAAAUAUUUUACAUGUGACACAAAUAAAGUUGCCAUGGUGCCUUCCACA